UCCGAAUUUAAUUUUAUUUUAUUUAAUUUAUUUUUUUCUUCUGUACCUGCACACUUGGAGGAUGAAACGUCAUCGAGACUCAAUUAACUCAAGUGAAACCCUGAGAACAAACUCGUGUUCACACACAGUGUGUGUGUGUGUGUGUGUGUGUUGUCUUGGCUGUAAAUAAUGAAUUCCACAGGGAGAGCCAAAACCUGCCUAUCUCUUGCUGCUGCUGCUGCUGCAUAAGUGUUAAAACAUGCAGAGCGAGCUGGCUGGGCUGCACCUCCACCUCCACCCAUAGCCUGGAGACUCCACUCCCCUCUUCGCCUCCCUCUCUCACAGGUUCUUGUCACUCAGUAUCGCAGACACUUUGACAUCAGAUUACUUUUUCUACGCUGAGUGGUAGCCGUUCCUCUUGCUCCUCGGGAGUCUCGCUCUCUCUCUCUCUCUGAGAGUUAGUGUGUGUGUGUGUGGGGGGGCUCUCAGUGGGACAGUGUCAUGCUGGCUGUGGCAUCAUGUGGACCGCAGCUCUUGUUGUGUUGCAGCUCGUGGCUCUCCGUCAGCCAGCGUGGGCUCAGGAGGAUGUCACGGCCGCUGGGAUCGCGCCUCAGAACUGCACUCUGGACUGCAUCCGACAGGGACGAGCAGGAUGUGAAUACUGCAGAAUAACCAGGAGUGACAUCAGAGAGGGUCUUGGGUUCAACUCCAUCCCAACGUUUGGAAGUUGUGUCCCGUGGCCUUGUUUCGCGCUGCUGGGAGAAGAAAACCCUCAGAUUUGUCAGCACUAUGUUCAUCCUCCGACCGACGUGACCGUCGAUUUUGUCCACGAGCCAAAUCCAGCGUCUGACACUGUUGUCAUCUCCUGGAAGCCCAGUUACUAUGGAAUCGCCUUCCUGCGAGGGUUUCAGGUGUCGCUGCAGGCGCUGGGAGGGUCGACGUUCACCUGUCAGCUCUUUCUCUUCCAUCGAAACCUCUCCCUGUCUGCGUCACAUGCACAGCAGGUGUAUAAGUCGGACCCUUUCACCGGCCUCACCCUCGGCUCCCAGUUCGCCGUGACUGUCAUGGCUCUGCCAGUUCCAGAGAAGUGGGACAGAUUCUACCACAGCAAGAUCUUCUCCACGCGCUCUUGUGCAGAGAAGAACGGUCUUGAAAAGUGUAAAAAGGACUGGUAUCCUGAACAUAUUGCAGUACAGCAGGAAGGGACUGCCAUCACCGCCAGUUACUUCUCUCUUUGCUAUGCAAAUGGCAUGAAGAAAUACACUGACAUCGUGCCUACACCCACCAAAAACAAAACCCACCACACGUACCAGCUGACGGAACUGCAAGAGGGAACCAAUUACACCUGUGAGAUUGCUGCGAAUGAGGUGGACUCAGUCAGACGAACGUUCAGUGUUCAGGUCAUGAGGAUUCACAAAGACCCGCCGCUCAGCGUCACUCCCUCUUUGGCUCUGGUGCUCCCUCUGUGCCUGACUGUGGGAACCAUACUGGUGCUCGUACUGGCUGCUCUUACCUGGAGACGAUCCAAGCAACAAAGGAAGAAGCUGGACAUAAAACCAGAUAUUAUCAAGCAGUAUGAAGACAACAUGUGUCAGGAGGAAGUGGUGUCGUUACCCAGAAGCAGACUGACCCCGCCCCGUCUUCUGAUUUGCUACAGCAGCAACGAUGGUGCCGCUCAUGUCAAAGCUGUCAUGCGAUUGGGAGCUUUCAUACAGCAGCACAUGGCCACUCAGGUGUGUCUGGACAUGUGGGACUCUCUGAGCAUGGCUCAGGAGGGCAGCAUGGCCUGGCACUGCCGGCAGAUCCGCGACAGCGACUUUGUCUUGGUGGUCUGCUCUCGAGGCCUCAACCAAAAACACCUGCCUGUAGAGCCAGAAGGUGAUGAAGGAAAUGUGGAGGAAGGCAGGUGGCUGAACUUUAGGUCCAACGCCUUCAGCUCAGACACUGCCGUCCAGCUUAUUGGAGAGGAGGUGGGCCGGGCCAAGGCCAGUGGCCAGGACCUGUCCAAGUACAUGGCGGCCAUUUUUGAGUACUCUGAGGAAACGGACAUCCCCACCGAGCUGAGGCUGGUUUCUCACUACACACUAACAAGUGACUUGCCGCUGCUCUUCUCCCACCUGCAUGGAGUGGCACUGCACAGACCUGGGGGUUACGUGAAGAUAAACCAUAUCUCGGAGGAAGGUUUUGCCAAGUUGCCAGCUGGAGCCGCUCUCCAGUUGGCCAUCUAUGAGGCUGGAAUGGCAAUGAAAGGCAAAAGACAUCACUCUGUGGAAGGGACGGUCUAAAUACUAAAAAUUGGGGGGCUGUCUAAACCUUGAUCUAAGCUGCAGUAGGCAGGAUAGACCCUUUCAGCACAAGUGAUCUAUGAGAGAGCGAGCACUCCUCGUGGCUGUCAUAAUGAGCUGCAACAGAACCUAAAACAACAGAGUCAGACAAUAAACGCAUUAUUAUGUGUCAGUGUCGGUGGAGCAUUUCAAAAAUGGAGCGAUUGUCUCUGGUCUAGGAAAUGUAUCACUUUAUAUUCCAGAUAAAUUUGCACUAAAGAUAUUCAUGACAAAGUCAACAACACUCAGAACUGACCAAUCAGCAAGGGUCUUUGUCUGUGGUGUAUGGAAGUGAAAUUUAGGGGUUCCUUGAAUGCUUCUCAUAGCUGCUCCUCUAAAUAACUGUACGAGGUUCUCCCAAACUAAAGACUUUUGGCAGACGGUUUGUGGCCAUUUGUCUCAACAUAGACAUUAAGCUUUGUAUGAGAACAGACUGCCGAUUAGCUGACUGUGGUGGGUGGAACUAGACCGUACCGUUUUACUCUGGCUGGUUAUUUUGGUACUGUAUCAAACUGAACCGUUCCACUCGGUAGAAACACAGCUUUUGUUACCCUGCAAAAUAAAACUUUAAGUCCUUCUCUUCUUCUUUAGCUUUGGACAAUUCUGAACUGAUACUACAAUAUCAUUUCCACUGUAUGUCCUAGUUUGUGUCACCCUGUAAACUGCUUGUUGUUGAUCCACUGCUGCCUCCAUCAGUAACUUUAAAUUUAAAAAGUGAGCACCGGCUGCGUGUUCUGCGAGCUGCUAAGACUUUCUAACCAAUUUACGCAAAAACAACGCAAUACGGUACAGGCCUGCUCGCAUAAUCUUUCACGUAUGAAAUUAGUAUGUCUUGUCAUCGAGCGGGAGCUACGGUACUAUUCUAAACUCCAGCACAUGAGCACUAAGUAAUGUCUAAAAGUCCAAAUUUUAUCACAAUAUUCCAUCAUAGUAUAGGAAUAACAACUUGUGUGGAGAUAUUUUACAAAAUUCUGUUUGUUUUAAUGGCUUAAUUUGCUCACAAGACCAUGAGUUUGAGAACUUUGACCUACAGGGUGUUGAACAUAGAGUAGCAGCUUUAAGAUGCAUUCAAGACACCUUGUAAAUAUCACCACUAAUGACUUAAGUCCACUGACUAAAUGCUCGCUGCUGCCACCUUGUGCUAAUAGAUGCAAUCAUUGAUAAAAACAUUUGUUUACUUUAUAUUAACAAGAUAUAAUAUAUAUAAUCAAAUACGCAAGCCUGUCCCUAAAUAAUUAAACGCAACAAAAAUAAACAUUCAAAACAUCCUGCCUACCGCAGCUUUACUCAUAUAGUUUUCAGCUCAGUAUGGGAGAGAAUAGUUGAGUUCUGGAGCCUGAACCUGAAGUUUGACCAAAAACUUGCUGGUGCAUCUGCUCAGCCAGGAGCAAGAAGAAGAAGAAGAAGCAGAAGCUGUUGAGUCGUAUGUGUACCUCAGCUGUGCUACAGCAGCGUGUUGGCAACAGCCAAGCACUGACCUCGAAAAUGUGUUCACAUGUAAAAAGAAGGAUUUUUUUAUUUUUUUUUAAUAAACAAACAUAAUUACUCAUCAUAACGGUCAGUAAAGCUAUUUUCCUGUGACGUUUUCCUUGUUAAGCUCGUAAAGGAAAUUAAGUAAUAUUAGUGCUGUACAUAGACAUCAUAUCACCUCGUGAAUGAGUAAUUGAAGUGACUCUUUGAGGACGUUCACCCUGAAGUAGAGUCAGUGAACCCAUUGUAUACUAUACAUGCAUGUUUGCAUAUAUAUCAUAUAUCAUAUUUUUUAAUUGCACUUUGUAUUUUGUGGUUAUUUCAUGUUUAAGUUGUUUUUUUAUGUCGAUAUAAGAAUGUUAUUUUAAUUA